AUGGACCGCCGCACAGGCUCGAAAUGCGAACUGAAGAUUUGGCAGGAACGUUCUGGCAAGCAUGGCAAGCGAGAGAUUGUGCCUGUCACGGAGCUGGGCGGCCUUUACAAAUCCGACGAGCAGUAUGCCGUUGUCGUGCGUCAAGUAUUUGACAAAGACAACGUGUUGGAAAAGACGACAUUGACCAUAAACUCUGCUCAUCUUCUGACGGUAUUUCGAGAAGUGGUCGGCUAUCAUCCAAACGUGCCAGCGGACUUCUCUGAGCCAUUUGAAAUGGAAAGUCCCUUUCAGAUGCUUUUCCACUUUUGGCAUGACCUGGACCAAUUUAAAGAGUCUACCCAUGACGAUGACUGCCGAAUGCAUCUCAAUCUGUUGUUUGAGUUCAUGGAAGCCGACAUGGGCGAUUCAAGGCGACUAUUAGUGAAGAGCGCCGCACAAGGUCAAGUUCAAUACGACACUCUCUGGACUAUCUAUCGACCUGGGGACCUCGUUCUCACAAGAAAACAUGGACACCCAUGGCUUUUGCGAGUAGAGAAGACCGCUUACGAGGAGAGCACAAAAGUUGGUCCAUAUUUUGAGGUGCACUGCACCGGCACUGGUUACGAUGGCCACCAAUUCGGAAACGUGAGGCACAUCUUCAAUAUCAUGCAGAAGCGAUGCUUCGCACAGCGCAAUCCCUCCAAGAUCGUCGAGCUGCCAAUAUUUCCCCGCCGAUAUUGGUACGGCGGAGGCGACCUGGAAACUCAACUAAUGGAACGAGGUCGUCAUUUUCUGUCGAUAUCUGGCACCUGCACGCGAAGCGAGUCUCAGAAUAUUUCCUAUGAGCCGGUGACCAAGAAAGACCAUGUGACUGAUUCCGACUGUAUUCUGUGCCCACCAUUCGUGCAUGGUUUCUCUGCUGCGCGCCGCGAAUGGUGCAGGUUCUACCUGUCUUCGCUUCAUACAAUUGAUUGGAAACGCAAUCCUUAUGAUGCCCUUAUCCUGCCGGAUCAACAGCUUCGUUUGGUCCGCUCCCUGGUCUCAGCACAUGAAUAUCCCGCCAGAGACGGCGACGAGGCUGCACAGAAGGGUAAGGGGCUUGUCGUGCUCCUCUACGGCCCGCCCGGCUCGGGCAAGACACUUACUGCUGAGUGCGCCGCCGAGGCGACUCACCGCAUCCUAUUCAGCGUGUCCAUGCACAGUUUGAACAAGUACGACUCGCCGACAUAUUUUGAGCGGAACCUAAGUAAAUUGCUUCGCUUAGCAACGCUGUGGAGAGCAGUAGUACUUUUCGACGAGGCAGAUGUAUUCCUCGAGGCACGUGUCCAGAAUGCUGCCGACAGUGGCAACACAACAAGGAACGCUCUAGUAGCGAUUUUUCUAAGGCACCUCGAGUAUUUCUCUGGAGUUGUGUUCCUCACAACGAACAGAAUCAAAGUGUUCGAUGAGGCCAUGAAAAGCAGGGUACAUCUGGCCUUGGGAUACCCUGCGCCUGACCUAGGAUCUCGUCGGCGCAUAUGGUCUCAGUGUCUUGAACUUAUUCCCCCUGAGCAAAUGGAUCUGGAAGUAGCAGAUGUGCUGCAUUGGCUUUCCAAAGAGCCGUUAAAUGGCCGCGAGAUAUCCAACAUUGUCAACACAGCUUGCACGCUCGCCCGAGAUGAUGGGGUCUCGCUGAACAAGACACACCUGGAGUCGCUAAUUGAGGUUCGACACGACUUCGAAGUAAGCUUCGAGACAAUGCGCGCCUCACUGCCGUCACCAGAUCCGCUGAACCGGACAUGA